AAUAUAAAUAAAUAAGUAUUGAAAAGUGCUUUAAAAUAUUUUUUUUCUUGAAUUUUUUAACUAAAAGAUGGCUUGAUUUUAAAUCUUUGAACCAAACAGUUAAAAACCAGUUGCCACUGUUCAUAUGCGAACUCAACUCCAUAGUAAAUUCUAUAGAAAAAAAAAAAUUUUGACAAAAAAUUACAAUAAGUAAUAAAUAAGUGGAUAAAAGGAAUAAUAUACAAAAGUAAAAAAAAUAAAUUGAGACAAAAAUACAUGAGCACUUACUUUUAGCAACCGUCACUGGGCAUUUUUUUAAGCUUCAACUGCUAGCCACGCACCCUAACGAAAUUCAAAAUCAAUUUUAUAUCGAAAUUGUGCAUAUAUUGUUAUAGGACAGAGAGAAUAUUAAAAAAAAAAAAGAACCAAACAACUACAAAGUAAUUUGAAGGAAUAAAAACAUGAUUUAGUUUUAAAAUAAAUGAAAUAAUAAUAAUUCGUUCAACGAAUGUAACGAGUAUCAAGAAAUAAGAAGCAGAAAAGACAAAAAGUCCAAAAAAAAAAGAGAAAAAAAAAUGGGUUCUCAUGAUCCCGGCUCAUGCGAUUGUUGUGGCACGACCAGUGACCGUAGCAAUAGCAAUGGAAAUAUACGUUUGUCACAACAACAACAACAACAGCAACCGCAACAGCAGCAGCAGCAGCAGCAGCAACAAGCUUUAAAUAACAAUAAUAAUAGCAUUCAAGGGCAGCCACCGCAAAGGCCGCAUUUACCGCCUUUACCUAUACAACCGCUAUUGCCAGCACCACCCGCAAGACUUGCAGAGAAUCAUCAUCAUCAUCAUCAUCAUCAUCAUCCUCAUCAUCAUCAUCAUCAUCAGUUACAAGCAGCCAAUGCACCAAUUGACGGGCAACCAUUGCAGCCGCCUGCACAGCCAACAAAUGCCGACAGUUCACGUCAACGCACAACUCGCAGUCGCCCAACUCAGCGUAUACAAGAUCAGCAGAAUAAUAAUAACAAUAAUGACAUUAACACCAACAAUCGUAACGCUUUACAACAUGUUGCUCAUUAUAUAAAUCAAGUGAAUUUACAUUUAAAUUUAACUAAUAACAACAAUAAUAAUACAACUGCAGCAGCGCCAGUAGCAUCAGCAGCGGCAGCAACAACAACAGCAACAAACACAACAACGCAACAACAGUCAAGGCAGUCAGCACGUUUAACUAUAGCACAGCUUCCAAGUGAAUUCGUUUACAAUAACAAUAACAAUCAUAUUUAUGUAAAUCCGCAUUCGUACGAUACAAACACUGCCGCUAGUCUUAGCACAAGUGCUUCGCAUACUGCCACCGGUUCAACAGCUGUUGUAGUGCCACAAUCAUCAGCCAACGCCUCCGGCAACUUAACACAAUGGCAAGAUUAUCAAGAUGUCAAUUUGAAUAAUAAUUCAUUGGUGGUGGGUGAGGGUACUGGCGGCGGUAUAACGGGUGGUGGCGGUGGUGGUGAUUUAACUCGCCAGCAUACUUCCACUACGCUUAGCACUUUAAAUACAUAUCUGUUUCCAUGUGGUGUCGAUUCGGCCGGCACCAUAGGUGGUAUCACGUUUAAUGGCAGUCAAUCCUGCGAUUUAGAUUCGAAUUUUAGUCGUAUGGUAGCGGGCAGUGAGGAAGGCGGCAGCUCUACGAUAAGCUCCGGUCUCGGUUUCAUUAAUAAACGUCGUAUUAAACGUUUAUUUGGCGUCGGCAGUGGACCGUACGCCUCAGCGUUAAGGCGUCGCAGUUCACAGCUGGCGCAAUUUCAAACAGCCGCAUUAGCCGCUAAGAAGCAACAAAAAAUGGAACGCGAAGCAUCAGUGGCUGCCGCAAAUGCCGCAUUCUAUGAGCAGCAACAGAAAAAGAAAAAAGAGAAAAAGAAACCGCCUGGUCCGCCAGCUCAAAUGCGCGCGCAAAAUUCCCGGCAAAUGGAAGAUCCAAUGAUGAAUCGUCCCCGACGUAACACCACCAAUACGGACAAGAAGAAGGAACAAAAACAGCAGCAGCAAAAUUUCUAUGAACAAAAGGACAAUUUAUAUGACAAGUCUUUACCCAAAUUGAGCAGUCAAGACGAAGAAGGGGGGGCUGGUCAUGGCUAUGGUGGAGGGCCACAACAUUUUGAACCCAUUCCUCACGAUCAUGAUUUUUGUGAAAGAGUUGUAAUAAAUGUAAGCGGGUUAAGGUUUGAAACACAAUUAAGAACGUUAAAUCAAUUCCCCGAUACGUUACUGGGGGAUCCAGCUCGGCGAUUACGGUACUUUGACCCGCUAAGAAACGAAUAUUUUUUUGACCGUAGUCGACCGAGCUUCGAUGCCAUUUUAUAUUAUUAUCAAAGCGGUGGCCGACUACGGAGACCGGUCAAUGUCCCUUUAGACGUAUUUAGUGAAGAAAUAAAAUUUUAUGAAUUAGGUGAUCAAGCAAUUAAUAAAUUCAGAGAGGAUGAAGGCUUUAUUAAGGAGGAGGAAAGACCUUUACCGGAAAAUGAAAAUCAAAGAAAGGUCUGGCUACUGUUCGAGUAUCCAGAAAGUUCACAAGCCGCCAGAGUUGUAGCCAUAAUUAGUGUAUUUGUUAUAUUGCUAUCAAUUGUUAUAUUUUGUCUAGAAACAUUACCCGAAUUUAAGCAUUAUAAGGUGUUCAACACAACUACAAACGGCACAAAAAUCGAGGAAGAUGAGGUGCCUGACAUAACAGAUCCCUUCUUCCUUAUAGAAACGUUAUGUAUUAUUUGGUUUACAUUUGAACUCACUGUCAGGUUCCUCGCUUGUCCGAACAAAUUACAUUUCUGCAGGGAUGUCAUGAAUGUUAUCGACAUAAUCGCCAUCAUUCCGUAUUUCAUUACAUUGGGUACCGUUGUAGCCGAAGAGGAGGAUACGUUAAAUCUUCCGAAAGCGCCAGUUAGUCCACAGGACAAGUCAUCGAAUCAGGCUAUGUCCUUGGCAAUAUUACGAGUGAUACGAUUAGUUCGAGUAUUUCGAAUAUUUAAGUUAUCUAGGCAUUCGAAGGGUUUACAAAUUUUAGGACGAACUCUGAAAGCCUCAAUGCGGGAAUUAGGUUUACUUAUAUUUUUCUUAUUUAUAGGCGUUGUACUCUUCUCAUCGGCGGUUUAUUUUGCGGAAGCUGGAAGCGAAAAUUCCUUCUUCAAGUCCAUACCCGAUGCAUUUUGGUGGGCUGUCGUUACCAUGACAACCGUUGGAUAUGGUGACAUGACGCCGGUCGGAGUUUGGGGUAAAAUUGUGGGAUCGCUGUGUGCCAUUGCUGGUGUAUUAACGAUCGCUCUACCGGUACCAGUAAUUGUCAGUAAUUUCAAUUACUUUUAUCAUCGCGAAACGGAUCAAGAGGAGAUGCAGAGCCAAAACUUUAAUCAUGUUACUAGUUGUCCAUAUUUACCAGGUACAUUAGUAGGUCAACAUUUAAAGAAAUCAUCGUUAUCUGAGUCCUCAUCCGAUAUGAUGGAUUUGGAUGACGGCGUUGAAUCAACGCCGGGACUGACUGAUACGCAUCCUGGUCGUUCGGUGGCUCCAUUUUUAGGAGCUCAUCAUCACCACCAGCAUCAUUACCAACAAACUACAACCCUGCCUCCGCCGCCUCAACGGCAGCAACAAUCGCCGCCAGAUAAGCAACUGCCCUCACAACAGCAACAGCAACAACCGUCACCGCAACAACAGCAUAUACAGUUGCAGAAUGGUUAUAAGCAAUCUGCCAUGAGUGUUACCACUGGCGGUAGCACUCUCACUCAUAGGCAUAAUAAUGCUUUAGCCGUUAGUAUCGAAACCGAUGUUUGACUACUGGUAAAAAAGACGUUAUGUGCGAUAUAUUGGCCUUGUUGUUCAAUACGUUGGAUGCCAGAAACGACUACCAAAGCUGU